AUGUCUUCACUGUCUGUACCAAAUAUUGACGGUGAUGCAAAUUCAAUAUCUGAAAUUGCAUCACUUCCGAUGGAUCUCAGAAAUUCGGAAGCUAUUGAUCGUAGUGUUCAAGCACGGGUAUCAUUAGCUGAUCAGGAGCAACAAAUUGAGCAAUGUAAUUUAAGUGGUUGCGCUGUACAAACGGAUAUUGCACAAUUUCAGGUUGAUGAAAUUAUGCUCAAAUUGCAUGAUUUACAGGCAAGAAAUCGUCCAAAAUUAAUGGAUCGUAGCAUGGGAACAUCAUUUGAUAUUACAGUUAUACAAAAAGAAAAUGAAGAAUUAAACGUUGAUCAUGAUAAAACACCUGUACGAUUUGAUGCUUCAACGGAAACCGAAACAUUCAUACCGGAAGUGAUAGAAGAAAGUGCAGUAACAGAAGAAACCAAUCAGGUAUUCAAUCGAUCGAUGGAAACAGAUGCAUGGAUGUCGCAGAUACAAACACCGGAAUGCAGUCGAGCUGUGCAGACAGCAUUUGAUGAUGAUGAUGAUGAUAAUGAUGAAAAUCGAUUCAAACUAUCAGCAAAACGAAACAAGAAGUCUGGAUUCAUCAAUUCAUUUUUAACUGAUAAUAGUACGCAAUGUUUGAUCGAUACGAAAGAUACGUGUGAUACAUUUGUGCAAACAAUGCUUGAUAUGAAUAAUUUUAAUUCAAUUGAAAAUUCGAUUGAGAAAGAAUGUAAUAUGUCAAAAAUAUCAUCCAAUGGACGAAUGAGUGAUGUAAGCGAAUCGGCACCAAAAUGGAUUCGACCAAAACGACAGGAUCUCGUUAUUCAAACCGAUGAUUCAUAUCUAAAAAUAGCUCGACGAUUAGAUCAAAUUCGAACAAAUCGUACUGAAAGUUUACAUAUUUGUAUGGCAAAACCGUUGAAGAAAAUGCAACAUGAAAGUAGUGGCUCAAAACAUCGUACCGAACAUCAGGAUGAAUUGGAAUUGUCAAGCACUAGAAGGAAAGAUCAAAAUCGGGCCAAUGACGAACAAAUGUUAUCAUCAACUACAAGUGCUCCAGAAACGACGGAAACAAAUACAUCCGAAAAUGAUCGAUCAUUUUUAGCAUCAAAAUAUGAUGUCAGCUAA